AUGUCACGAUCGAUGCCUCAAAACAGUCGUAUCAUACUGCAGUGGUGUUGCGUUACAAUUGAUCAAAGUAAGUUGAUGGCUGCUGACUUGAAUCAUUGGCACUUGAAUCACUUUAAUCCAGUUGCCCAUACAUGGUCUGAACCAUCGCAUAUAAAGCGACGAUUCUGUUGCGUUUGUCGCAAGCGAACCGACGACACACUAACAGUUGAAUGUGAAGUAUGUGAAUAUUAUGUUCACGUGGAUUGUCAGGAUUUAGCAGUUAGCGAUUGUAAAGAGGCGGCCACAUUCGUUCCCAAUGUUGACAAGGUGAUAUUUGUCAUUCAGUUUUAA